AUGUCAGCUUCGACAAGCAGUGGCUGCGGUGGCUAUGAGUUGCCACGCCAAUUUUUCCUUGGAGCUGAGGUGUGUGAUAUUUACUUCGUGAGUUCUAUCGAAGUCUUUAGCAAGCGCUUCAAGAUCCCAGAUGACGUGAGCCUUGCAAGACUGUCGCAUGUGGCCGGCGCCACUCUGAUGGCGCUUGGGUGCAAUGGACCGGAGCUGGCUUUGAACACGAUUGCAAUUUUCCAGCCCUCCAAUAUCGGCGUAGGUGCUGUCAUUGGAGGAGAAGUGUUCAACGUCUUGGUCAUCAUUGGGACUGCACUGCUGGCGACUCCUGAGGAGUACAUGCCACUGCAUGUCGGUCAAUACUCCUUCUGGCGUGAUGUGAUUUUCUAUGUGAUCUCCGUCAUGUUGCUGUACCACGCGCUACACGACGGGCGGAUUGACGGUUGGAAUGUGAUGUGGCUGCUCUCGGGUGCCGUAGUCUACACCCUGACGGUCGUUUACUCUGGCCGCUUCCGGAAGUUCUUCCGACGGAAGCACCGCGAAUAUGCCCAACACAAGCGGAUGAGGUCAAGCCAGUCUGAGAGUGGUGUGUACUCCUUGAUGUCCGAGUGUUCCGACUCUCCGGUGCCAGUGCCGUGCCGGAUGUCGCCCAUGCUGAAUCCAAAGACCAACGAGCCGGACCCGCGAAAAGUUCUCUAUUGGAACAAAGCCACACAUAGUGCUGAUCCUUUCUGUGGAACCGUGCUUCAGAUCCGUGUCGAGAUGCGAAAUCGUCUCAUGGAUCGCGCUGCGCGAUUCGAUGCACGCUACGUUGUCCUUUUGGACAGUGCCCUUGUGGUGAGCGCGCUGGUUGAUCCAAGGACGACUGAGCAGUGUUGGUCCGGCUGGAAGACCUUUGGCCAAGACUUGAGUCGCUGUGCUUCCGGCAUGGUCUACGAGAAAGAUCAGAAAGCGGACGCAGAGACGGGAUGGCACCACGGUGGUUUGGACAUUAUUUGGAUGGAUCGACCAGUGGAUCGGAAACGUGGCCAGAUGGCAAACAAGCACAGCAUCACCUGUGGCCAGAAGCUGGGCUUCAAUCUGCACGUGCACAUGCACAACUCAGAACUGGCGCAGCUGAUCCCUGUGGCGACCUUGGAGUUCAUUGCUAGCACCGAGGACAUCGUGGAGUCCUGGGCUGAAGCGCUGAAGGACGGCCUGCUGCGUCACAGAAGCCAAGCUGCUCUGGGACCCCCACAGACGACUGCAAAGAGCGUGCUGCUCGCGUGGAUGGAGUGGUUCCAAUUUCCUAUCAAGUCCUUCACAGCGCUGACGAUUCCUGAUGUCAGUAUGGAAGAUGCUGAGCAUCUUUACCCCUGGGCAUUCGUCAUGAGCAUGGCGUGGCUGGCGCUCUUUGCCUAUCUUGUCGUGGCGGCCUGCAAUGGAAUUCAUAAGGACUUCCGGAUUUCCACAUCCGUCUUGGGCUACACUGUGGCAGCAGCGGGGACUUCGUUUCCCAACGUUUUCAGCGGGAUGUGUGUUGCCAGGCAAGGGAAGACCACUAUGGCUGUGGCAAAUGCCCUGGGAGCCAACGUGCAAAAUGUCUUCCUUGCGUUGGCCAUUCCUUGGGCCAUCCAAUGCACCAUCAACAGGGGAAGCUUCGAGCUGCCAUUCACGGGCUUGUUGAGCGCCGUUGUGGAGAUCUAUGUCACGCUUCUUCCAGUGGUUGUGGUCUUCACACUAUCCAACCAUCAGUUCCCGAGAUGGUCGGGAUAUAUGUUCCUGGUGAUUUAUGCCUGCUACUUGGCCGUGGCACUAACUCAAGACACCUUUCAUUGCCCAUCUUGGCCCUUUUUCUGUUCAGCCACUCCUCAAUGA